CUCUCUCUCUCUCUCUCUCUCUCUCUCUCUCUCUCUCUCUAUGAUACCCCUCAUCCCCUGAUGGGCACCUCAUCACACUGUGCCACAAGUCCACCGUCGUCGCUAACAACCACACCACGCCCCUAACCACCGGCCAUCGCCAUGGAGAUGAAGCAGUCAAUGAUGAUGGACAGAGAGAAGGAAGGAGGACAGAAAGAGAAAGGGGAGGAGACAUCGCAGGAGAACGGCAGACUCAUGCUGGCUGACGGAGGGGUGGCAGAGAAGGGGGACCCCAAAGUGAACUCUGGUGGUGGGUCAGGAGGGGUGUCCAAUGGGUUCCCCACGUCCACAGCGCAGAGCCCCAAGGAGGGAGCGGGGGGUGUACCCGCAGGGGCCCUCAGGACGCUGGUGGUCCAGCAGACCAGUCUGGACCGGCCCCGGGAGACCUGGAGUAAGAAGAUGGACUUUCUGUUGUCUGUGAUUGGCUACGCCGUGGACCUGGGAAACGUGUGGCGCUUCCCCUACAUCUGCUACCAAAACGGCGGAGGGGCCUUCCUACUCCCCUACAUGUUGAUGGCAGUAUUCGGCGGCGUGCCUCUGUUCUACAUGGAGCUGGCACUGGGGCAGUUCCACCGCAGCGGCUGCAUCUCCAUCUGGAAACACAUCUGCCCCAUCUUCAAGGGUAUCGGCUUCGCCAUCUGCAUCAUAGCGCUGUAUAUAGCGUUCUACUACAACACCAUCAUGGCGUGGGCCCUGUAUUACCUCCUGGCGUCGUUCCGGCCCACCCUGCCCUGGACCACGUGCUCCAACCCCUGGAACACGGUCAACUGCCUCCGCUACCUGUCCACCGACAGCAACGUCACCUGGACCAACACCUCCACCUCGCCCGCCGAGGAGUUCUAUACGCGUCAGGUACUGCAGGUGCACAUGUCUCCAGGUCUGCACCAGCUUGGCAGUGUGAGUUGGCAGCUGGCUCUCUGUCUCCUGUUCAUCUUCACCAUUGUCUACUUCAGCAUCUGGAAGGGAGUCAAGACCUCUGGCAAGGUGGUGUGGGUGACAGCCACGUUCCCCUACCUUGUCCUGCUGGUGCUGCUCGUUCGUGGGGCCACUCUGCCCGGGGCCUGGAGGGGCGUGGUCUUCUACCUCAAACCUGAUUGGGGGAAACUACUCAGCACCACGGUAUGGAUUGAUGCAGCAGCUCAGAUCUUCUUCUCUCUGGGGCCAGGUUUCGGGGUGCUCCUGGCCUUUGCCAGCUACAACCCCUUUCACAACAACUGCUACAAGGAUGCGUUGAUGACCAGCUCGGUGAACUGCCUGACCAGUUUCCUUUCUGGGUUUGUCAUCUUUACCGUGCUCGGCUACAUGGCUGAGAUGCGCAAAAUAGGCGUGGAGAACGUAGCCAAGGACGCUGGUCCCAGUCUGCUGUUCAUCAUCUAUGCUGAAGCCAUCGCCAACAUGCCCGCUGCCACCUUCUUUGCCAUCAUCUUCUUCCUCAUGAUCAUCAUGCUGGGGCUGGACAGCACGUUUGCCGGUCUGGAGGGGGUGAUCACAGCCAUGCUGGAUGAGUUCCCCCAGUUGUUGUCAAGGAGGAGGGAGUGGUUUGUCCUGGGCCUGGUGUGUGUCUGCUACCUGGGAGCCCUCUCCACCCUCACCUACGGAGGUGCGUUUGUGGUGAAACUGUUUGAGGAGUAUGCCACGGGACCUGCUGUCAUCACUGUGGUCUUCCUAGAAGUCAUCGCCGUUUCCUGGUUCUACGGCACGAGUCGUUUCUGUGCUGAUGUCCAUAUGAUGCUGGGCUUCUCCCCUGGACUGUUCUGGAAGGUGUGCUGGGUAGCCAUCUGCCCCAUCUUCCUACUGUUCAUCAUUGUCAGUUUCCUGGCGUUCCCCCCGGAGGUGAAGUUGUUUGACUAUGUCUACCCACCCUGGACCACUGUUCUGGGCUACUGCAUCGGAGUGUCCUCCUUCAUCUGUGUACCAGCCUAUAUGGUGUACCACCUGCUCACCACCAAAGGGACCUUUAAACAGCGUCUCCUGAAGGGCAUCACCCCUGUACCCAGUGGGCCUCACAGUGACAUUAUCAUCACCCACGCUGUCUGACCCAGUGGUCUGGCCAGGCCAAGUGGACUACACUACCCUCUGCUGGACAUAGAGCACAACUGUAGGACGGGGAGGGUUCGUCACCUCCCUCACUUCUCCUCCAGAACCCCCACAGCAGACUUCAGCACUAAGGCACCCCGUCCAUCCCACUGACCCCAGGGCUGAGGUGGGGUGCUGGGCCAUACUGUCUGCAGCAUUCCACCCCUCACCUCCUCCCUCAUCUCCCUCCUGGCUCAUUCUGUUAGCUAACCGUUAGCGGCUAAUGUCAUCACUGUUUUCAUACUGGCACACGCUGGUCUGAGCAUUUCAACCACCAGACAGAGGGUUUUAGAUGCCACAGCACAAUGACAUGUGUACUGUUAUUGACACAUAACGCAUCCUUUAAAGUCUAUACCUGUCCAUUACAACUGGGAUCCAUCCAGACCGUAUGAGACAUAAACAUACACACUUCCUUGUCUCUACUCUGUCAGGUCCACUAAACAAUUUUUAUAUCACAAACAAACAUCUCAUCUCACGGCUUCAUUUGACAUUCUGUCCUUGUUUCAUGAGUUCUGCAUUCCGAUAUUUAGCUGGACAUUGGUUGCAAAAUGCAGGUAUCUUUUUACAUUUCUAAAUUAAGCCAAAUAUUACAUGGAUAUUUCUACAGGUAUUUCCAGAUGUGAGCUGUUGUCAUGUUUUAGGAUGACUUGGUGGGAGCUUGUCAGUGUUUCUGAAUGGGAACGGGAUGGCUGAACCUAUAAAGGGCCUUGUUGAGUGUCGGAGCAUCUCCACACUGUGAGGCGCUGAAUGUUGGUGUAGCAUGAUGCACUACAGUACUGAUUAUGCUCUGUAACAAUAUCCAGGUUGUUCAGAAGGGAACGCAGGGCUUUGUCCAGUCGUAUGUGGGGGGAUUAUUUAGCUGCAGCAUGGAAGGCUCUGGUGGGUGUGCGCAUGUGCAUGUUGUGUGUAAGAUGUAAGAGUGUUUGUGCCUGGGUGAUUUUGUGUGUGUGUGUGUGUGUGUGUGUGUGUGUGUGUGUGUGUGUGUGUGUGUGUGUGUGUGUGUGUGUG